ACUCUAUUUAUUUUUGGUAACACGUCACGCUCCGAAAGGAAUCUGCGCAAAUUCAAAAGCGCCCGACGGACUGAGGCUUUGAAAAGCAGAGAGAAUGAAUUGAAUGGCGUGAUGGAGCACUCGCAAUCUCAAGAUGACAGCAAAGGCAAAGCCAUCAGCACCACCUUAUCGGAAUCCGAAUGGGAUGAGCCCUUCACAGAGGAAGACCUCCAAGCCAUUGAAGCCGCAUUCGAAGCCGCCGCGACUUCUUCUCUCUCCAAAAAGCGACGCUCCAAUCCAGACGACGAAGUCACGGACCAGUCCCAGAGCGCCCGGCGCCGACUGCCGAGUUCAGUUCUCGCUCUCCAGCAUCCAAACGCCUUCGCGCUCUCGCCUUGUCGUCAAGCUGCCAAUAUAAGGAUGAGAUAUCCUGUGUUGAAGUUUGGAGGUCGGGUUACAUAUAGCAGGACUGCAGUUGAAGUGGAGAAAGCUGCCAUGGAGAUUUUAAAGACUGUGAAAGCAAAGACAAACGAAAUGGGUCAAAAUGCAGUUGGAUUUGAUAUUGAGUGGAAACCCACAUUCCAAAGAGGUGUUCCACCUGGGAAGGUUGCAGUUCUGCAGAUAUGUGGAGACACAAGUUGUUGCCAUGUGAUGCAUAUCAUUCAUUCUGGAAUUCCUCGAAGUCUGCAGUUACUUCUUGAAAGUUCUUCGAUUUUGAAGGUUGGAGCUGGUAUCGCUAAUGAUGCUGUUAAGGUUUUCAAGGAUUAUAAUGUAUCUAUUAAAGCUGUGGAGGAUCUUUCAUAUCUGGCUAAUCAUAAGCUUGGAGAUUCACAAAAUUGGGGUCUUGCAUCCCUAACUGAGAAGCUCAUUUCUAAACAGCUUCUAAAGCCCAAAAAAAUUCGAUUGGGUAACUGGGAGACCAAAUAUUUAUCAAAAGAGCAGCUGCAGUAUGCUGCCACUGAUGCAUUUGCAUCAUGGUAUCUUCAUGAGGUGCUAAGGAGCCUCCCUGAUGCUGAAAAACUUGAAAAAGUUACAGCAGACAACCAGAGUGAGGGACAAGCCGUAUCAUGUAAUUACUUUCAGACUGAGGAACCACAAGCUGCAUCAUUGUAAUGUAUUUCAUUGGUAACAUCAGGAUUAAAAUGAACAAGAUAAGCAUAAUGAUAUGUUACCCAUGGGGCUAUCAUCUUAUUUUGGGGACAAACAGUAUACAGAUUUUGGAUCUAUUAUCUUAUCUUCAAUUGGUCUUUGUUAUCAAGCAACUAGUAAGGAGAAUCAUUAUCCAGAGGGAAGGAGGGGUCUUGGACUUCUAGAACUCAGUUGCAGCUUUUGUCCAACCCAGUAUCAGUGGCGAUCGAUCACUGCUUUGGUGCUUCCUAUGUGAUUUUUGUCUUCUUUAGCACCUCCAGAAGAUCUGUCCCUGAUUUUUGUGCAAUAGAUGGUUUUACAAUUGUCUUCUUCAGCGCCUCUAGAAGAUCGAUUGCUGAUUUCCAUGUGAUUGAUCGUUUUUUUCUAUUGUACACUGUUAUCUCUGGAUGCGACCGAUCACUGGGAGAACUGUGAUCGAUCCUUGGCUUGGCUGCAUCAUUGCUGGCGUUCUCAGAUACUUCCAUUGCGACUCCUGCAAUAUCCUGAACCCUAACUUUCCCUUUCAAGUAUGUGUGAUUCUUCCCCUGAAGAGCAUGUAAAAGAACGCAUCCUCGUAAAAUGUCACAUUCAUUGUGACACACUUGAGAGCAUUUGCAAACUUUCUGAUUAACAUCAUAUUUCCACAGA